UUAUUCUUUGAUAAAGUACGUGCUCGAUGGGUGAUUGAAAAUCCCGAGGAAAAGGAGUGCUUUGAGUUCAAUCCAAUUCUAGAGCGUUGGGUACCAGUUAUACAGGAUUACCUGCCCGAGAAGAGGCCUCAUGAUGAGGUGACCACUUCUGAAUAUCUUAAACGCGAGAAGCGUCAGCGGCUCGAUGAAUUGAAGCAAGAGAAAGAGGAAUUGAAGCAGUUUCGGAGGAACAGAAAUACUUGCAUUUAUGUAAGUCAGAUCCCCCAAGAUAUCACCUACGAGGAACUGGAGGCAGUUUUCGGUAAGUAUGGAGUUCUUGCACAGGAUUUGCGCACUGGGUCCUCCAAAAUCAAAAUGUAUAAAGACGACGGAGGCCACUUCAAAGGUGAUUGUCUAAUAGAAUAUCUAAAAGAGGAGAGCUGUGACCUCGCAAUUGAGCUAUUGGAUGAAACAAAACUUCGACCUGCAGAUGAACUACCCAUUCGGGUUUCAAAAGCUGAGUUCAAUAGCAAAGCAGAGCAGAAGCCUCGAGUAAAAAUGAAGACUAAAGAACGCCUACAACUCAAGAAGAAAAUCGAACAGAUACACAAAAAAGUGAACGAUUGGUCAGAUACGGAAGAAGAAGAUGAAACAAGACGAUCGAGAGAAGAAAAAACGUUAAUUUUUAAGCACUGUUUCACCCUCAAGGAACUCGAAAACGACCCGGGGGCAAUAUUAGAUAUCAAAGAGGAUAUACGAGAGGGUUGUGAAGAAAUAGGCGAGGUCACAAAUGUCGUCUUGUAUGAUCUUGAAGAGGAAGGUAUUGUCAGUGUUCGAUUCAAGUCUGCCGUAGCUGCGAAUAAUUGUAUUUCCAAGAUGAACGGAAGAUAUUUUGGAGGCCGCAGAUUACAAGUGGAGAAGUACGAUGGAGUAACACAGUAUAAGAAAAGCACAGGAGAUGCCGCCGAAGGAAAGAGAUUAGACAGGUUUGCGCAAUGGGUG